CAAGUUAGGAAAAGAAUGAAAUCAUCUUAAUGUAAAAGCCAUAGAAGGCCCACAGCUCACCUCCUAACGAGGAAAGACAGCUGCUGGGCAUGGUAGUCUACAUGGUUUAAAAGCUUAGGCAAGAAGAUUUCUAUGAGCCCGAGGAAGCACAGGCUGCAUGCUAUUAAUCCCAGCACUCAGGAGGCAGACACAGGUGGAUCUCUGAGUUCAAGGCCAGCCUGGUCUACAGAGCUAGUUCCAGGACAGACUCCAAAGCUACAAAGAAACCCUGUCUCAAAAAACAAACAAACAAACAAACAAAAGUCACUUAUGUUCAACAGUGUAGUACUACAAGUCCCAGCCAGAACAGUUAGACAAGAAAUAAAGGCAUCUGAAUAAAAUAUCAAACUCUUGUUUGCAUAUCACACGCAACCUUGAAUGUGCGAUAAUUCAAGUUCAAGGCCAGCCUGGUCUAAAGAGUGAGUUCCAGGACAGCCCAGGUCAAGGGAAACCCUGAGGUUAGAGAAACCCUGUCUUGGACGAAGACAAAAAACAAAAAAAACAACUUGCUAGGCUGUGGUGGCGCAUGCCUUUAAUCCCAGCACUCAGGAGGCAGAGCCAGGAGGAUCUCUGUGAGUUCGAGGCCAGCCUGGUCUACGGAGUGAGUUCCAGGACAGACACCAAAAUUACACAGAGAAACCCUGCCUUGAAAUACCCCUCCCCCAAAAAAAAGACAGUGCUGGACAGGUGGUCACGGAUUGAGAGCACUGGCUGCUCUUGUAGAGGACCUAGGUUCUGUUGCCAAUGAACACAUGAAGGUUGACAAAUUUCUAUCUCCACUUUCGGGGAUCUGGUGCCCUCUUCUGACCUCUGUGGGUGCCAGGCAUGCCACAGUGCACUGUACACACAGGGUAAGCACAAACAAAAAGUAAAAAAACAACCUGAAAAACUGACAUUUAUCAGUAAGUCUGGUACUUCUUUGGGGGAACAGUCUUCCUGUGUAGCUCGUGCUGGCCUGGAAGUUAUGAUCCUUCCGGCUCGGCCUCCCGAGUGCUGGGACUAUAGGUGUACAUCACCGACUGCUUUAGGUCUUAGGUCUGUUUGUAGAAUUCCAUGUAACAGUUUAAAAAUAUGGCUAUGACUCGGCAUCAGUGUGGAUGAUCCUCAAUCACCUGCUGUGAAAGGGAAAAGGCUAAGUGUGCAGGAGCUUCAGUGUGCGUGUGAGUGCAGGACAGAAAGGAAGGAGUUAAGGGUUUCUGAGCGCCUGCCUGGGAUCCAGGUUCCCACCUUAACUCCUGCAGCAACUAGUUCCCAGUGAACUAGUUUUUACCUUCCAGUGGCCGAGUUCUUCCUAGGGGCCCACAGGGCCUGCAAGAGCCCAGAGAUGCUGACCCACCCGCAGGCUCCUCCACGCCCCCAUCCACUCCCACCAGUCCAAGGACUCGGGCCUGGAUCGUGUUCUUAAGCCUGUGCUGGACAGGCAGCCUGUAACUCCAGCCGCUGCUCCCACCCCCUGCCCGCAGCCUGGGGAAGCCCCAGCUCGGCUGGACUGCCGACAAUGCUUCCCAUUCAGCUCUGUCCCUGCUGCCAAGCCUAUGGGCAGGGAGGGGGUACUGCCAGCGUCCAGUCGGGGACUGUCCCUGGUCUUUCCCUUGUGCAGGGCCUCCAGACAGGGCUGGCAGUUCCAGUCGGCAUGGAGGGGCCCCAGAGCUCCACCCCUGCCUUCAGGCUGCUGCUGCUGCUGCUUUUGGUGUUGUCGCUGGGUCCAGCUUGGCACGUAGCUGCCCAGCGAUGCCCACAGACCUGUGUCUGUGACAACUCCAGGCGGCACGUUACCUGCCGGCACCAGAACCUCACUGAGGUGCCGAACACCAUCCCUGAGCUGACCCAGAGGCUGGACCUCCAGGGCAACACGCUGAAGGUCAUCCCUCCAGCCGCCUUCCAGGACCUGCCACACCUCACACAUCUGGACCUGCAGCACUGCCAGGUGGAGCUGGUGGCCGAGGGUGCCUUCCGAGGCCUGGGCCGCCUGCUCUUCCUCAACCUGGCUUCCAACCGCCUGAGCAUGCUGCCCCAGGAGGCUCUGGACGGGCUGGGCUCCCUGAGGCGGCUGGAGCUGGAGGGGAACAUGCUGGAGGAGCUGCGGCCGGGGACCUUCGGUGCCCUCGGCUCGCUGGCCACCCUCAACUUGGCCAACAACGCCUUGGUCUACCUGCCCGCCAUGGCCUUCCAGGGGCUGCUGCGCACUCGCUGGCUGCAACUGUCCCACAACGCGCUCAGCGUGCUGGCCCCCGAGGCCCUGGCGGGCCUGCCGGCCCUGCGCCGCCUCAGCCUGCACCACAACGAGCUGCAGGCCCUGCCCGGGGCCGCCCUGUCCCAGGCCCGCAGCCUGGCGCGUCUGGAGCUGGGCCACAACCCGCUCACCUACACGGGGGAGGAGGACGGCCUGGCGCUGCCCGGCCUGCGGGAGCUGGCCCUGGAGCACGGGGCCCUGCAGGCGCUCGGUCCCCGGGCCUUCGCCCACUGCCCGCGCCUGCACACCCUCGACCUCCGCGGGAACCAGCUCACCACCCUGCCCCCGCUGCAGGGCCCGGGCCAGCUGCGCCGCCUGCGGCUGCACGGCAACCCGCUGUGGUGCGCCUGCCACGCGCGGCCCCUGCUCGAGUGGCUGGUGCGGGCUCGGGUGCGCUCGGACGGCGCGUGCCGGGGCCCGCGGAGGCUGCGCGGCGAGGCCCUGGACGCGCUGCGGCCUUCAGACCUGCGCUGCCCGGGGGACGCGGCGGCGGCGGAGGAGGAGGACGAGGACGAGGAGCGGCCGGCCGGGCCCCGCGUCCCUCCUCGCUCCCCGCCGCCGGAGGCCGCCGCCGCCGCCGCCGGGGCCGCGCCCUGCCCUCCGGCCUGCGUGUGCGUCGCGGAGACGCGGCACAGCGCCUGCGACGGCCGCGGCCUGCAGGCCGUGCCCCGCGGCUUCCCCAACGCCACCCAGCUCCUGGACCUGAGGCGCAACCACUUCCCGUCGGUGCCCCGCGCCGCCUUCCCGGGCCUGCGCCACCUCGUGUCGCUGCACCUGCAGCAUUGCGCCAUCGCGGAGCUGGAGCCCGGCGCCUUGGCGGGCCUGGACCGCCUGCUCUACCUCUACCUCUCCGACAACCAGCUCGCCGGCCUGAGCGCUGCGGCCCUCGAAGGGGCCCCCCGGCUCGCCUACCUGUACCUGGAGCACAACCGCUUCCUGAGGGUCCCGGGGGCCGCUCUGCGAGCCCUGCCCAGCCUCGUCUCGCUCCAUCUCCAGGACAACGCGGUGGAGCGCCUGGCACCCGGGGACCUGGCGGGAGCGCGGGCUUUGCGCUGCCUUUACCUGAGUGCCAAUCACAUCACCCAGGUCUCACCUGGGGCGCUGGGGCCCGCCCGGGAGCUGGAGAAGCUGCAUCUUGACAGCAAUCAGCUGCGAGAGGUGCCCACGGGAGCCUUGGAGGGGCUGCCUGCGCUCACGGAGCUGCAGCUCGCGGGGAACCCGUUCAGGGCGCUGCAAGACGGGGCCUUUCAGCCCGUGGGGCGGUCGCUGCAGCAGCUUUUCCUGAACAGCAGUGGCCUGGAGCAGAUUUCUCCCAGGGCCUUCUCAGGCCUGGGAUCAGGGCUCCGGAGCCUGUACCUGCAGAAGAACCGACUUCAGUCCCUGCCUGCGCCGCUGUGGCUCAGCGGGCUGGAGCUCAUCGACCUCAGUGGUAAUCCCUUCCACUGCGACUGCCAGCUGCUCCCACUGUACAGGUGGCUCACUGGGCUGAACCUGCGGGUGGGGGCCACUUGUACCACCCCUCCCAGUGUCCGUGGCCAGAAGGUGAAGGCUGCAGCUACUGUCUUUGAAGCUUGCCCAGGCUGGACUGCCAGGAAGGCCAAGAGGACACCAACCUCCAGGUUCAGUGCCAGGAGAAGCCCUAUCAGCAGAAGACAUUGAGAAACAGACAAGGUUGGCCCUUAGGGGGAGGCAGGGCUGGGUCCCAAAGCUGCUGGGAAGCCACAGCCCUGAUUUUUCUUGGUCCUGACUUGUGAUUCCUGAACUGGGUAAUGAAUGACCCGUGGUCCUGCUGCAUGAUACAGUAAUGUCUCUCUCCACACUGGACACCAGAGCAUAUUUAUCCCAGUCCUGUUUUCAUUGGAUCUGUGUUGACUCCACCCUUUGCCAGCCCAACCUCAUAGACCUGGCGGGAGAAUGGAAGUUCAGGUGCUGGCUCUGCCUCCCAGCACCUGUCAGUCACAGGUUGAGAUGUCACCUGAUGUGAUAGUCACAUCCUUGAAUGUUGGGGGUCAUGUGAGGGGACCAACGGGCAGCAUUGGAACUCAUGGAACACAGCUGGGCGGUUGGCAAAGCCACACCUGAGUGAGCCUUGGAGAGGCAAAUCCCUGAAGACUACCUGUCCUGAGGACCUCAUGCUGUUAGUGAGCACAGCUCUGACUGUUGCCUUCGUGACCACCACGUCCCUCAUCAUCUAUGGGUUGUGUGAAAACUCUCAGGGGGCUCUAGCCCCUCACUGGGCAGUGUUACUGGUACUUAUAAUAAUAGUGAUUGACUUUUUCCAAGCAUUGCUGCUGGAGCAGAUUAAUGAUUCAACCACCACCCUUAGAAAGAAUUGAGAUGUCGAACUGUUAAUAAGAUUAGGUUGAGAUGUUUUGGUUAAUAGCUUUGAGGUGAAAAACCUGGAGAAACAACCCAAAGUUUAGAAAGGCACACAGUUGAGGGAGGGACUCACUAAGGUCAGGGUACAAGAACAAAGCAGCCCGGUGAUUAUUAGCCGACGUGCCUUUCUUGGUAGGGUGACUUGGUGAUCAAUGAUGGUUCCUUGUGCCCAUUUCUGCCCUUCGCUUUCUGAUAUACAAAACUGUUGAUGAAUGAGUCUGCACCCUAGGAUUUAAAGUAGAGCUGACUGGUUUUCAUAUAUAAAAGUUUAGGUUUGUGAUUCAAAACUUUUUAUAGUCUUAAAUAAAUAAUCAAUGGCCUUUUCUUUUUAACUGCAAAAUGCAGCCUGCCAGUAAAAGAACUGGCUGAGAAAAAUACCUUGCUUGCUUAUACUUUGUUAAUCUGUAACAAGUUGCUUGGACAUGGAUGUGUGUUUGUUCUUGAGACAACUUGUUUUCACUUGUAAUAUGUAAAAUGUUUAAUCCUGUAGAAACAUGGAAAACAUGUUUUUUACUUGUA